AUGUCCGUUGUUGGUUCCCUCAUAUUUUGCGUCGAUUGCGGUAAUUUACUAGACUCUGUCUCGGCAGCUCCUACCUUGGACUGUGGCGUUUGCAAGAAGUCAUACCCCACAAAGAAGUUUGCCAACCUUAAGGUCAUCACCAAGUCAUCGGACGAUGCUUUCCCUUCAGCCCUCAGAAUGAAGCAGUCUGUGGUGAAGACGUCUUUGAACAGUGAUGAAUUAGACGAAGGUGCCACUAUCAAGGAGAAGUGUGUCAAGUGUGGCAACGAAGAAAUGCAAUACCAUACCUUGCAAUUACGUUCUGCCGAUGAAGGUGCAACAGUUUUCUACACAUGUACCAACUGUGGUUACCGUUUCAGAACCAACAACUAA